GCCCCCUCCUCAACCCUAGUUUCAUCUCUCUCCCUUUGCUCUCGCAGAGCCCAGGACGGCGGCGGCUAUGGUGGCCACCGGCGCCGGUGGAGAAGGUCCGCCGCCGUGCUGAUCCGGCCGCUCCCUCUCCGACCUUUCUGAUUUCUCUCUGCCCACGCACCGAACCAGAGGCGCACACUCCAACAGAUCCUCCUCCACCACCGCUCAUGGAAGCGGAUCCGCAGGGUUCUCAACCAGCACCGCCCACGGCGGCGGGCCGACUCCCGGCCAUGGUGUUGGUCGAUCGCAGCGUCAGAAUCAACAUCCAAGAAUCAGGUUUUUUGGGCCCCAGCGGCGUGCGCAAGGAGUGGCCGCAGUGGGUGGGUUUCUUGUUGGACCAUGACGACGAAGUCGCCUACUUCCUUGGCGUGUUGGACGGCACCGAGCCUUGCCCUCCCCAGGUCGCCGACCCCCGCGACGGCCUCACUUCCCUGUCCCUCAACAUCGCCGCUUGGCCACCCAACCGUUACGGGCUCAAUCACCCCGACUGCGCUUUCAUCGUCGGCUGCCACAAGAACUUGCUCCUUCUCUGCCUCCGCGACGAGGAUGGCGGCUUCUACAUGGUUUACAAUACCAAGGCCAAGGCCAACUCCAUCGCCGUCGUCCCGCGGCGAGUUUGCUGCUCAUUGACCCACUUCCCCAUAGCACGGGUCCGAUGGCAGUUCCAAGGGGUCACCAUCCUACGGCUCUCCACCAGCGAGGAGCACGAUCAAUACCUCCUCGCCGAGCUCCUCUUCCGCACGGAAGACCGGAGCGGCCUAGACCCCACAAACAAGGCCACUCUCUUCUUGUGGAGGUCGAUCACUGCCUCCGACCAAGCAGCUCGUGGCCCCAUCUGCAACCCUUACAUCUGCCUCACCCCUGACAAAGUCCCCCCCUUCCCUCAAUGCUUGGACAUGUACCCCCAGCAGUGGAUCCCCAUGGAGGUGGAGCUCCCCCUCCCCACUGACAGAGACCACCACCCCUCCUUCCGUGCAGACAUGACGUUGGCAACUGGAGCAGCCACGCUCUACUGGGUUGACCUUCUGCAAGGGAUCUUGGUCUCCAACCACAAAGAUCGUGGUAAUGGUAAGCAGCAGCAACCGUUCCACUUCAUCCCGUUGCCUCCUGAGGCAUAUGCAGAUGUAUCCAUCAAUAGCAACCCGCACGAGUACCGCUCCAUGUGCUGCAUCAAAGGUGGGGCCUUGAAAUUCGUCUCAAUGGAGGGCUACAACAGAGAAGAUAUCCCCAUGGCCGAGGUGGUGCUCAUAACAUGGAUUCUGACGAAUCCCCAGAGUCGUACCAAAUGGAAGUGGCAGUUGUUUGAAUCAGUCCGCAUCGGAGAUCUCUGGCACAACCCGCACUACCAUGAGUUGCCGCUGCUGCCACAUUUUCCGGUCAUCAGCACUGUGGAACCUCAUGUCAUCUACUUCACGGUCUUUGACUACAAGUACGAUCCCGAGUACGAGGUGAUGGAAGUCACAGAACGAUAUGUGCUCGGCGUUGACAUGCAUCUUCGGAGUGUAGUGUCAGCGUUCAUGGCCUCUUCCUCUAGGAUGCUUACUUCUCACUUCACCCGCUACAUAAACCAGAGAACAGUUUGCCCAAUGGAGAAAGAGGUUACUGAUGAGGGGGACCCUGCUGCAUGGGCUUCCGUCUGGAUUUCCACCAAGCCUCUUGGAGUUUCUCCAGUAGAACCAGCACACAAAGCCGGCAGACUUGGGGGACGUGUUUCCAGUGAUGGGGUCGCACAGUUUAUCAGCAAAACUGGACCAACCAUGUCAUCAAUCACUCCAGUGAUCGGUUUGCAGUGUGUGCUAGGUCACUAAGUUAUUGUCGUGAGGAAACUCCCUUUUUUGUGAGGAAAUCUACCUCCCUCUUCAUUAACAAUUAGGUAAUUGAUCGGGUGUAUCCUUGACUUGUUUCCUAACUAGCAACUAGCAAGCUUGGAUGGUUGUUCUACCUGUGACAACUACGUAAGCAGCCAGGAAGAGACCUUUGAUGUAAUGUUCUUGAUGCUUCUCGCGCCAGGGCUGGCUGGCUGUGAUCUCGCUGAUUUUCAUGUUUUAAUUUGUGCACCAGUGGCUGUUUCAACCUGGAUCGGCGCAUCCUGCUGUGUUCGUCAAA